AUGGAGCAGUGUGUGAAGUGUCCAGAAAGUCACUAUGCAGACCCAAAGAAGAACCACUGUCUCAAGAAAACUGUGAGCUUUUUGGCCUAUGAAGACCCCCUGGGGAUGGCUCUCACCAUCACAGCACUGUGCUUCUCUGCACUGACAGCACUGGUCUUAGUAGUCUUUGUGAAGCACAGAGACACAGCCAUUGUCAAGGCCAAUAAUCGGGCUCUCAGCUACACCCUGCUGUUGACACUCAUCAUCUGUUUCCUCAGUUCCUUGCUCUUUAUUGGCCAGCCCAACACAGCUACCUGCAUCAUGCAGCAGACAGUGUUUGGAAUUCUGUUCACUGUGGUUCUAUCUACAGUGUUGGCCAAAGCUAUCACAGUGGUUAUUGCAUUCAAGGUCACUGUUCCAGCUAGAUUGGUGAGGUGGUUAAUGGUAUCAAGAGCCCCUAAUUUCAUCAUUCCUUUCUGCACACUGAUCCAACUUAUUCUCUGUGGAGUCUGGUUGUUUUCCUCUCCACCCUUUGUUGAUCAAGAUGCUCAUGCUGAACAUGCCCACAUCAUCAUCAUAUGCAACAAGGGUUCAGCAGUUGCUUUCCACUGUGUCCUGGGAUACCUCUGCUCCUUGGCACUUGGGAGCUACACCAUGGCCUUCUUGUCCAGGAAUCUGCCUGACACUUUCAAUGAAGCCAAGUUUCUGUCAUUCAGCAUGCAGGUGAUCUUCUGUGUGUGGGUCACCUUCCUCCCUGUCUACCACAGCACAAAGGGGAAGGUCAUGGUGGCUAUGGAAGUCUUCUCUAUCCUGGCCUCCAGUGCAGCACUGCUUGGCUUGAUCUUUGCCCCCAAGUGCUACAUCAUUUUGAUAAGGCCAGAUAAGAACUGCUGUGUUGACAUCAGGCACAAAACCCAUUCCAGAAGGAAUGUUCAUUUCAAAUGUAAUUAA